AGUCAUUCAUUACUGGAGCUUGGAAGGUGGAUGAAGAUAUAGAAGGUGAGGAGACGACCGCAGAGCAAAGUAGGAGGCUCUCGGCAGUUGCUGCUCACGGGAGAAUCCAUCAAAGUUCCUUUUUUUUUUUCCUGAUUAAAGGGGAGAAGAAGGGAGAAGAAGAGUUCUUUCUUGUUGGAGUUUGGGAGGAGAGGGUGGGAGAGGAUGCCUUCAGGAGGGGGGAGACUGCCGACAUGGAAGGAGAGAGAGAACAAUAAGCGGAGAGAGAGGAGGAGGAGAGCUAUUGCUGCGAAGAUUUUCUCAGGGCUAAGAACUCUGGGCAACUAUAAGCUCCCAAAGCACUGUGAUAACAACGAGGUGCUUAAGGCUCUGUGCAUCGAGGCCGGUUGGGUAGUGGAGGAAGAUGGUACCACUUAUCGCAAGGGAAGCAAGCCACCACUACCGCCGCCAGAGGGGGCUGUCACCGGCCCCCCCUCCACCAACAUCAGCCCAUCCACUUCACCAUACCACCUUAGUCCACCAUCCUCACUCUUCACCAGCCCCGUUCCUUCCUACCAUGCCAGCCCCACAUCUUCAUCCUUCCCAAGCCCAACCAGACGCGAGAACACUACUAAUCCAAGCUUCAAUCCAUCCCAUCUCCUCCCCUUUCUCCGAAACCUCUCCUCUCUCCCUCCCCUCCGCAUCUCAAACAGUGCUCCGGUGACCCCUCCCCUCUCCUCCCCUACAUCUUCUCGUCCUCUGAAGCUCAGGAAGCCUAAUUGGGACAUCCCCACCUGCCGGAAUCACCUUCUCGUAGCAGCCUCCGCCCCAACCAGCCCAACUCGCAGCCGCCGCCUUCCGCACCACCCUGCAACCAUACCUGAAUGUGAUGAAUCUGAUGCAUCAAUUGUCGAUUCAGGAAGGUGGGUAAGCUUCCACAAUACUGCUCCGGCUUCUCCCACUUUCAACCUGAUCAAUCGAGGAGCUUCAGUUGCUGAGGCUGCAGCUGGUGCCGGAGGGAUGGCUGCAACAGAGUUUGAAUUCGAGAACAGGUGGGUGAAGCCAUGGGAAGGGGAGAGGAUCCAUGAUGUUGGAGUAGUAGAGGAGCUGGAGCUGACCUUGUGUUUGGGCAAAUGAUUAAAUUUUUAUUUUUUAUUUUGUUCUUUGGUGAUCUCAGUCAGUAUUAGCCUCUUGGUUUCAGAACGUUGGAUCUUAGUCAUGUAAUGUGCAGCCUUUUUUCCUUUUCCUCUUGAAAUUAUUCAAUUGCUUACAAUUUCUGGUUAA